AUGAACGGAAAAUGCCCGCCACUGUCCAGUACGCUCAAACACCUCUUCCCACCACCCGCCGGCGCCGCCGCGUCGCAAUGCGAGUCCCUAUUAUACCGCUGCGCCACCACCAAAAAAUCCCUCUCCACCACCUAUAAACUCCACGCCCUUGCCACCACAUCCGGCCUCCUUUCCAACCACUUUCUCUCUCUACUGGCCGCCGCAUACGGCCUCUCCGGCCACUCCCCCUACGCCCACAAGCUGUUCGAUGAAUUGUCCGACCCCACGCUUGUCGCCUACAAAUCCAUGAUCCGAAUUCAUGUCGAAAAUGGGAAACCCCGGGACGCACUCCAGCUGUUUGUGGAAAUGCACGAGUCGGGCAGGCACGUUCCGGACAAGUACACCUACCCGUUUGUCAUCCGGGCCUGCGGGCAGCUCCUGAUGCUCAAGCUAGGUGAGAUGGUUCACGGAUCGACUGUUAGAAGCGGGGUUUUGUUAGGCGGUUUUAUGGGUAAUUCUUUGCUCGCAAUGUAUAUGAACUGUGGGUGUACAGAUGAAGCUAAAAGGGUGUUUAGUGAAAUGAAGGGUAAAACUGUAGUUUCUUGGAAUACGAUGAUAAGCGGGUACUUUCGUAAUAGCCGUGCUAAGGAGGCUUUGCUUGUUUUCAGAACUAUGGUCGAUAACAAGGUUGAGUUCGAUUCUGCUACAAUUCUGUCGGUUUUACCCGCUUGUGGGUACCUGAAGGAUUUAGAUAUGGGAAAUGAGGUUUAUGAGUUGAUCAGAGACAAAAGCAUUGUGAAAAGAUUGGCUGUUCAAAAUGCUUUGAUUGAUAUGUAUGUGAAGGGUGGAAAAAUUGACGAUGCGCGUGUAGUGUUUGACGAUAUGUCCGAGAGAGAUGUUGUGACCUGGACUACUUUACUCAAUGGCUACGCUCUGAGUGGGGACACGAAACGUGCUGUCGAGCUCUGUCGGUCGAUGCAAUUCGAUGGCAUCAAACCAAACGAGGUGACUUUAGCUUCGCUUCUCGCUAUGUGUGCCGACUCACGCGAGACGAAGCUUGGGAAGUGCUUGCACGGGUGGGCUGUUCGCCAGAACAUUGACCGUGACGUGAACGUCGAGACUUCACUGAUCGAUUUCUAUGCAAACUGCGAUUCUUUCGAGCUCAGCUUUAGGGUGUUCUCGAGGAUUUUUUCCAAGAAGAAUACCGUCCCGUGGAAUGCUAUGCUUUCCGGUUCUGUCCACAAUAAACGGGCCCGAUUUGCAAUAGGGCUUUUCAAGGAAAUGCUUUCUCACGGCGUGGGGCCCGAUGACGCGACUUGGAAGAGCCUACUUCCCGCGUACGCCAUCGAAUCCGAUAUCCAUCAAGCGACGAACAUGCACGGUCAUCUCGUCAAAACGGGCUUUGCUAGAAAGCCUGAAAUCGCCACCAAUUUGAUUGAUAUAUACGCAAAAUGCGGGUACUUACAUUAUGCUCAUAUCUUGUUCGAUGGGCUUUCUAUGAGAAAUCGAGACGUCGUCUCUUGGAGCGUUAUAAUAGCCGGUUAUGGGAAGAUUGGGGAUGGGAAAACCGCGCUUUCUCUCUUUAACCAAAUGGUCUCGUCUAAUGUUAGACCUAACGAGAUCACGUUUACCUCCAUCUUACACGCUUGCGCCCAUGCGGGAUUAGUGGACGAAGGAUUACGUGUAUUUAAUUUCAUGCGGAUUAAUAAUCGAGAGAGUUUACGCACGGAUCACUAUACUUGCAUGGUCGAUCUACUCGGUCGAGCGAAUAGGCUCGAAGAAGCUUAUGAAAUGAUUAUUAAUAACAUGCCUUUCGAGGCGAGGUCGAGCCAUGCGGUUUGGGGGGCUUUGCUUGGCGCGUGUGCUAUACACGAUAGUGUCGAGUUGGGGGAAAUUGCGGCAAAAUGGUUGUUCGAGUUGGAGCCGGAGAAUACGGGGAAUUAUGUGUUGAUGGGGAAUAUUUAUUCGGCCGUCGGGAGGUUCGACGAUGCGGAGAGAGUGAGGAAGAUGAUGGAUAAUGUGGGAUUAGUGAAAGCUCGGGCUAAUAGCAUGAUUGAGGAAUUCUAUGGUGGCGGUGCCGGCAGCUGGGGGGAGGAUAUCCGGAUCGUUGAAGUAGCUGUGGCGGUGGAUUUGAUGGUGAGGAUUGCGCAGUCAUUUUGGAGGAAUUGUUGGGACCUGGAUUUGUCGGAGGUGAUUACCGUUGAUUGUAUUGGCGGCGGCGGUUCCGGUGGUGAUUUGUUGAAUUGUGGGAGGGCAAAAGUGGGGAACAGGAGCAGCAGUGGAGGAAAUGUAAAUGGAGUCGGAGAUUUGAUGAAGAUCAAGGUCGCAGCACGCCACAUUUCGUACCGCACGUUGUUCCACACCAUCCUGAUACUUGCUUUUUUGUUGCCGUUUGUGUUCAUCCUGACUGCCCUCGUCACCCUUGAAGGUGUCAACAAGUGCUCCUCGAUCGAUUGUUUAGGAAGACGCUUGGGGCCAAAGCUUCUCGGUAGAAGCGAUGAUUCUGGGAGGCUGGUCAAGGACUUCAUUAAGAUCCUGAAUCAAGUGAACUCUGAGAAAGUCCCUGAUGGCCUGAAGCUCCCAGACUCUUUUAAUCAGCUUGUUUCUGAUAUGAAAAACAAUAAGUACAAUUCGAAGGAGUUUGCUCUUAUUUUGAAAGGAAUGAUGGAGAGAUCGGAAAGGGAGAUGAGAGAGUCCAAAUUCUCUGAGCUAAUGAAUAAACACUUUGCAGCUAGUGCCAUUCCUAAGGGCAUUCACUGUCUCUCAUUGAGGCUAACUGAUGAAUAUUCUUCUAAUGCCCAAGCACGCAAGCAGCUUCCUUCUCCAGAGUUGCUUCCUCUGCUUUCUGACAACUCCUAUCAUCACUUUGUGGUGUCAACAGACAACAUUCUUGCGGCUUCAGUUGUUGUGACGUCUGCUGUUCUGUCAUCCGUAGCCCCCGAAAAGAUUGUUUUUCAUGUUAUAACUGAUAAGAAAACUUACGCAGGCAUGCAUUCGUGGUUCGCCCUACAUCCUGUGCCUCCUGCUAUAGUCGAAGUGAAAGGUGUACAUCAAUUUGAUUGGUUAACAAGAGAGAAUGUCCCGGUCCUUGAAGCGGUGGAGAGUCACAAUGGGAUUAGGAAUUAUUACCAUGGGAAUCACAUAGCUGGAGCCAAUCUAAGCGAUACAACCCCACGAACAUUUGCCUCCAAGUUGCAGGCUAGGAGUCCAAAGUAUAUCUCAUUGCUCAAUCAUCUUCGUAUAUAUCUUCCAGAGCUAUUCCCAAACCUCGAAAAAGUGGUUUUCCUGGACGAUGAUAUUGUAAUCCAACAAGACUUGUCUCCUCUUUGGGAGAUUGACCUUAACGGAAAAGUGAACGGAGCUGUUGAGACUUGCAGAGGUGAUGACGAGUGGGUUAUGUCCAAGAGAUUCAGAAACUAUUUCAACUUCUCUCACCCACUUAUCUCAAAGAACUUAAAUCCUGAUGAAUGCGCAUGGGCAUAUGGGAUGAAUAUAUUCGACUUACAUGCAUGGCGAAAGACAAAUAUUAGAGACACUUAUCACUCUUGGCUCAAGGAGAAUCUGAAGUCAAACCUCACAUUAUGGAAGCUUGGGACUUUACCUCCAGCGUUAAUAGCAUUUAAGGGCCACGUUCACCCUAUAGAUCCCUCAUGGCACAUGCUUGGGUUGGGCUAUCAGAAUAAGACCAACAUUGAAAACGUGAAGAAGGCAGCCGUGAUUCACUACAAUGGUCAAUCCAAACCAUGGUUGGAGAUUGGUUUCGAGCAUCUAAGGCCAUUCUGGACCAAGUACGUUAACUAUUCAAGUGACUUUGUAAGGAAUUGCCACAUCCUGGAGUAG